AUGGCAACUUAUUCCAACUUUGCCAAGAAAACCCUAAAGAGCACCACGACAAGUCGGACACGACUGAUCAACAAAAUGUUUGUUGACUGUUAGUGGGUCUUGGGGUUGCCGGUGUUACGCUGGUUGGCACCAGCUUCCGUUCCGGCAAAACUCCAAGACGGGCGCGCCAGGGCCCAUACACAGGACUCCCCGCCCCUUUCCCCCCCAGCUGCCGAGAUCCUCUGCCGGCCUUCGUAGAUCCCUGAAACGACUCAGGCCUCAGGGAUGGUCAACUAGCCCAAGGCUUCCUUAGGGAAGAUAAAAGGGCCUAGAGGAGAAUCGCUCCGAUCCAUUAGAGAAAUCUGGGAGAAGGCAUCCCCACUAGGAUCAAAGAGCUCCACCCUCUCGGUGAUUUCGCUUGAAAGCAGUAUCGCUCCGCCCCAUCUCUCAUAAUAGCCAAUCCCGUAUAGUAAGGCUUCUUGGGUCACGCUCCCCGGACGUACGUCAUCCUCACGGCCGUUACCCAGAGCCAGUAGUGCUUUGGCGCGCGCGAUUUCAAGUCGAUCUUGGGAAGGAACGGCACAGUACUUCAUGAGACCCAUUGGUCUGGACAAGGAAACUGAGAGUUAAAGUGGUACAAAGUGACCUGCCCAACUACUAAGUGGUAAAGCCAGAACCUAACUUCAAGUCCAGUGCUUUUUGCAUUAUCCAUGGUGAUUUGGACAAGGGACAAAUGCUUACAGUCACAAUGAGCAGCUCAGGGCUUGAGAAUGGUGGCCACUCCAACCGCAUCUCAUCCCCUGAAAGUGUGUUCCUGACCCCCCCAUCCAAACAGCCACCUUUGAAUAUUUCUGGCACCCCUGUCCUUGAAGACUUCCCUCAGAAUGAUGAUGAACGGGAGAGAAGGCAAAGACGGCGUUCUAGAGUUGUUGACCUACAGCUCAGUAGCACAGAUUCACCACAUUCAGUGGCAUCCCCUUCUAAUAGGAAAUUUGAAACUUCAUCAUUACUGGUUCCUAAAUUUACAAAUACACAAAUUGCAGAUCAUUAUUCCACGUGCAUCAAGUUGUCAACUGAAAAUAAAAUCACCACCAAGAAUGCUUUUGGUCUGCACUUGAUUGAUUUUAUGACUGAAAUUCUCCAAGAAAAAGACUCUGAACUGACCAACUUUAAGGUAGCUGCUGGCACCUUGGAUGCCAGCACCAAGAUCUAUGCUGUUCGAGUAGAUGCUGUCCAUGCUGAUGUGUACAGAGUGCUGGGUGGACUAGGCAAAAGUGCUCCUGCCGAGGGAGCAGAUACUCAGGAGGCAGAUGGAAGCACUGCUAUACCAGGGACCAUCAAAAAAGUUCAGAAACCUAAGAAGAAGCACCAGGGUAAAACUAUUGAACAGAAUAUAAACAAUCUCAAUGUCUCAGAGGCAGAUCGGAAAUAUGAGAUUGAUCCCAUGUUUCAGAAGACAGCUGCCUCAUUUGAUGAGUGUAGCACUGCUGGGGUAUUUCUCUCCAGUCUUCACUGUUCUGACUAUAGGAGUGAGCUCCUUUUUCAUUCUGAUGUCCGGCCUCUCUCUACUGCAGAGCCUCUCAAGUUCCCAGAUUUGGGGUCGGUAGAAGUGGCAGAUUUAAAAACUGCCCUGAUGCAGUGUGUGGAGGAGCGCCAGAUUUGUCCUUCCUUGGCCGAGUUCCAGUUUUCUAAGUGGGACAGUGACGCUCAUACUGAGUCUUUGUCGGUUCUGGUGGACAAGUUUAAGAAGAGUGAUCAGGUAUUUGAUGUUAAUUCUGAGAUUGAAGAUAGUGAUAGUGAGGACUGUGCUGAUAUGCCUCUUGAAGAUGAUUUUGAUGCAGAUAUGCAUGAUCAAACAGCAGGAGGAGAUCAUCAUGAAUUCAAAAGUUGCCAGAAGUCUUCUGAAUUUCAAAAUUCCAGGCAAGAAGUGAUUUCCCUUGGGGAUGGAGACAUUGGAACCAUGUGCCUCCAUUUAUCCAUGAAACCUGGAGAAUAUUCCUAUUUCAGUCCCAGAACCAUGUCUAUGUGGGCCGGGCCUGACCACUGGUGCUUCAAACCUCGUCGCAAACAAGACCCAACUUCUCAGGAAGAGAAGAAAAAGAAGACUACAAAGAAAGUAUAUGAAAUCAACUUUGAGGAAGAGAUUGAUUUUAAUACACAUUUCCGAAAAACUAGGGCUGCUACCACACUGGCCAAGUCAACUCUGGACAACCAGAGUAGGAGAGCCACCACCCUUCCUGCAGAUUUCCACUAUGAACUGGAGAACAUCGUCCAGCUGAACCUGAAACCAGGGAACAAGUUAAGGAAGGCAACCUCCCAGAGUGCUUCAUCAGAACAGGACGAUGAAAUCGAAGAGUAUGAUUACAACAAUCCUAAUGAUACCUCUGAAUUUUGCCCUGCGGUGCCGGCUGCUGACAGUGAUGAGGAUGAUGAUGGCGAUGGCCCUGAUGGAUUAUUUGUAGGAGCAAAUGGGACCCAAUUUGAUUUUACAAUUAAUCCCAACAUUGGAUUUGGAAAUUCACAGGAUAAUGAAAAUGAUGCUGAUGUAAAUGGAUUGGAUAAUCCAAUGUAUGGGGAGUUAAAAUUAGUAGCUGAGCCACAGAAGGUGAAUAAAAUUGAAAUUCAUUAUGCCAAGACUGCUAAAAAGAUGGACAUGAAAAGAUUAAAGCAGAGUAUGUGGAAUCUGCUGAUUGAUGGCCAGGAGAAAGAAGCAGUUGCAGAGAAUGAAACUGAGCCAAAAAAGAACUUGGACAUAGUGCCAGAUGAGAAGAUUUUCAGUGAUCUCACAAAGGACCUACUAAAGAACCUGCCCCCUCUGAUGGCUCAGAACCUUUCUGUACCUCUGGCAUUUGCCUGUCUCUUACAUUUAGCUAAUGAAAAGAAUUUGACAUUAAAAGUAGUGGAAGACCUUUCUGAUGUUCUUGUAAUGCAAGGAGAUUGAUUGUUCUCUGCAGAGAGAUCAGAAAAAGGCCAAUGUCUUCAAGUGCUAAAAGAAAGAGGAAGUCAUUCUCUCCUCUUGAUAGAUGGGGAUGUUAUGGACCACAUUUGGUGAGAACUUCUCAAUAAAUGACUGAGAUGUAAAUUUGGGUGGACCCAAACCCAGAUGCAAUGUUUCUUUCUUCUUUAUUGUGACAAUUGGUACCUUGAAACAUCUUUUGGGAUAGUGGGGACUAUCUGCCUUGCAUGUUUUUUUACAUUACCAUAUAGGAGAGAGUGGUCAGGGAGGGAGAAAAUGCUAUUUUGGGUUUUAAAACCUCGUGGCAAUUCUGUCUGGUCACUUCUAAGCUGGGCCACUCAUGAUUUUAUCAUCCACUAUAUGAUUUCCUACACAAAUUGCAAUUGAAAGUAUUCUUCAUUGUAUUUUUAUUUGAUAAAUUCUGUAUAUCAACUUUAAAAAAUUUUAGAUAUUCUCUCCCUAUAUAUAUAUAUAUAUAUAUUUGUAUAAAUAAUUUUAUGAAAUAAAAUUGCUAUUUAGAACCCUU